AUGAUGACUUCAUUGUAUACUAAAAAGAUGACAAUGCUUGCUGGACGAAUAUUCAGAGAUGUUGGCAAACAAGUUGAUGGCAAAUCAAUGAAAGUUGUUCGAAUAAUGAGUGAAUUACCUCGCCCAAUGAUCUUAAAAGAUUAUUAUCCUCCAUUAGAAGAAUAUAGUAAUAUUUUACAAAAACUACGCUAUCUAGGCUUGUUUAGAAAUGA